AUGGAGAAACGGACUCUGUGACGCCCCCUUUGCUUCAGAUUCAAACAUAGUUUCAUUUCUGAAGAAAUGAAACCUAAGCAUCAGUAGCCGUUAUAAAAGCCAGCCCAGCGCUUAUCAGAACAGAGGUAAACAUGGACCCUGGUACAGCUGCUGUUGUUGGAGCAGCCGGUGCUGUGGCUGCAGCUCCUUUCGUUCUUGGAGCUGCAGGUUUCACCGCAGCUGGAGUAGCUGCAGGCUCCAUUGCUGCUAAAGUGAUGUCUGUUGCUGCGGUUGCUAACGGAGGAGGAGUGGCAGCAGGAGGUAUCGUGGCUGGUUUGCAGUCAGCAGGAGCAGCUGGACUGUCAGGAGCUGCCACUGCAGCUGUGGCUGGAGUUGGAGGAGCAGUGGGAUGGCUGGCCAGCUUCUUUUAACUGAAAAUCAUGAAGGAACCAGAUGAAUUUACAGUAUUUUUUACUUAUGCCAACUGCAGUUGCAGAUGAUAUAAAUUUAGUUACAUAAAAGCAUGUUUUUGUGCAAUAAAUCUGUAAAAACCUGUGAAA